AACAUCAAGCGUUUGCCGAAGUAGCUUGUUAGGAACUCCUCCGCGGUCAGUCGUUCUGCAGUGGAAGUAACCUAUUGCUCGAGUUAUCCAGUCUCGGUGCUAUCGCGGAAUGACCUCAUAAUGAUGAUGUAUUCCAACGCCGCGUGACGCGAAGGCCUGUGUGAAACGCCGCCCGUCGUCUUUGUUUGCGUUCCGCCUUCUCGAAACGCUCAUCCAAGACGGGGGUCAUCAGUGGAAGGCUGGCCACUCAGAUGGUCUUGGCCACUGUCGUGGUUGUGUUUUUAGGAACAUACGCACUACUGAAAGUUGACGUGGCACCACAAGGUCCAUCGCACGAUGCAGAUGUAGUGGUUGUACCUGUCGACGAACUCAUGAAAUCUCCAGUUUCAUUGCAGCAAGAUGACCCACGAUUAAUAGAGCGUAUAAGGUCGAAGUUCAUGCUCCCACCAUCAAAUGAACCCUAUAAUUUGGCAGGCAAGACUGAUGAUCCAUCCAUGGGCCAGUCCAAAAAAAUUCGAGAAAUAUUAGGCGACCAGGAGAAAGGAUUCUUCAUAGAAUGUGGAGCUCUGGAUGGCGAAACCCGCUCAAAUACCCUUGUAUUUGAAAAGAGGCUUGGAUGGUCGGGUGUUCUUAUUGAAGGGGACCCCAAGAACUUCGAGCUGGUGACAAAGAAAAAUCGUAAAGCUUGGACUGUUAAUGCUUGUCUUAGCACAUUCUCUUAUCCCAGUACAGUGAUGUUUAAGCAACAGUUCAAUGUUGGAAAAAUAAGCUCAAUGGAAAAAGGACAACAACAAGCAGGGUAUGCAGAAGUUCAGUGCUUACCUGUGUACUCCAUCUUAUUAGCUCUCAACAGAACCACAGUAGACUAUUUCAGUCUCGACGUAGAGGGAGCUGAGCUACCCAUUCUAAGAACUAUUCCUUGGGAUAAAGUCAAUAUCAGGACACUGUCAGUUGAAUUUGUCCAUGGAGGCGAAGGUAAAGAUGCAAUAAGUAAAUUUAUGAAUUCACAUGGGUAUGAGGUGUAUGCUGAAGUUACUCAUCCUGGGUGGUUGGCAAACGAUUUUAUUUUUGUCAAAAGAGAUUUGCUCAAUAAAAUUAAAGAGAAUAAUGGACAAAUAUAGUUUUAUUAGAAUACGUACUAGAUAAUUGACUUGUAAUGUGAUAUUGAGAAAAAAGUUUGUAUUAAGAAUAUAGUUAUUUGUAAGUUUAGGGAAAAGUGUUUGAUAAUAUGUAGUAUGAUUUUUUUCUAACUGCUAAUGUUUUACUGCAGUAAUUAUUGUGUUUGUAUUUGUAACAGUUUGCUGGAGAAUGAUAGAAUUUAGUGUUCCUGAUCAGUAAGUUUUAGUGUAAUGUAUGCUAUGGGUAGCUACUGUUAAAACAUUUUUUUUUAUUUAUAUUAGAGUUUAUAGUAUUUCUUGUACUGUUACUGUUAUAGUAUGCAUUUGUGUGUGUAGCAGGUGAAACUGGAGCAGUAUUAGGGAUUAGCAAUAAUGUUGCAUUGAAGUACCCGUAAAUUUCUCCAGUCUAUAACCUAAGAAUAUACUGAGCAGGAAAGUGAAUCAAGAUUUGAUGAUUUAUUACUAGUCUAUAGAAAUUAAACAAAAGUGUAAAGUUAAUGUACAGUACAGUAACUUUCUUGGGAAGGGAGAUAUAAUUAUAUAUAUAUAUA